GACAAACUGAUAAGUGACGACUUUUUCUUUUACUACACAAGGGUGUUCAUAUUUUCCCUCAAUCCAACAGUGCUUGCUUUUGGUCUCGUCUCCAAUGUUAUCAACAUCGCUGUCUUUGCAAGGAUGGGACUGAAUGAAAGCGUAACAUUGUCCCUAUUCUUGCUCUCAUUGUCAGACGUCUGCUUUACGCUUUUGAGCUCUCUCAAAGUAUCACUCGCCUUUGUCGCCAAGUUCCCAGAAAUCGCUCCGAAGUCGGUCGAUUUACUGGACCUGGUCUUCAUCAUAUUCUGGUACAGCAUGGUCAUCUACGACACGUCUACGAUGAUUCGGGUCUACAUCGCCGUGGCUCGUGCGUGCUGCGUGGCCAUUCCGUUGACCUUCAAACACAUCUUUACCAAACUCAUCACUGUGUAUGCCGUCUGUGCUAUUUUUGUCGCGGUUCUGGCCUCUCGGAUGCCGAUGUUGGUGUCCCACGUCUUGUGCAGCGUUCCCGACACCAUGACCAACGUCACCAGGUUUGUUCUUUUCUUUACCGCCACGAGACCCACAGCGCUCGUCGUCAACGACAUCGUCAACAAAAACAUUUUCACCUGGGGAGCCAUCAGCCUCGUUCUCAUCUCACUCUUUGUCUUAAAAAUAAAGCUCGUCUCCUCGGCUAAAUUUAGACACAUGGCGAGGUCUGAACCCCAAGGUCCGAAGUCCCGUGUCCAUUCGUCAUCGGAGCUCAGCUCGAACGUGAAAGAAUAUGCGACUCUACUGCGAGGGGCGAGGACCACGUUCUUUCGGAAAAAUAACCACAGCCUUGCAGGCCAUGAAAAUAAAGAUGCGGUUCUUGUUGGGAAAGAUCUCCAAGUGUUGAAGGUGGUUAUUCUGGUGUCGGCUAUCUUCAUCGCCUGUACUCUGCCGGCUACCAUGGCGGCCGUUGUGAGAAGACUUGAGCCAGAAUUCAACACAGGUGGUCGUUUGGAGAGUGUAUUCCAAGUC